AAUAUGGGUGCGGUUAAAGAAAGGUGACCAAGUGUUUAUCUGUUGACUGGUUAAUCGAACAUCAAUCUAUCAAAAGUUGUCCUCGUGAGGAUAGGAAAAGAGGCGUGGUUUCACGUAGCUAACCAUUCAAUUGAGGAUUGGUUAAUAUUAAUCUAUUGUUUACAGGCCCUGGGCUUACCAUUCACAGGAUUUUCACCGUUGAUUUUCAAUCAGUGUUACGUGUUUUGUGGUGUAUAUGUUUUGUGCUUUGAAGGACUUUGACUCUUGAACUCAACACAUCUUGUUUUUGUUUGUCAACAAGUAGUGAGAAUUUGUUGAACAAACAAUCAAAAUGAAAUCAUGUGUAGUAUGUGGAGCAACAAACUCUUCAGAACAAUUACUUUCCUUCCACAGGUUUCCAAAAGAUCGAAGAUUGAUGAACGUAUGGAUAGCCAUUCUUGAUCUGACCAAAGAACAAGUGAAAGAUCUGACUGCAGAGACUUUGAUUUGCUCCAAACAUUUCAAAAACUCAGACUUCUUUGAAACACCAUGUGGCCAAAUAUGUUUGAAGCCAGGAACUGUUCCCAUAUUUGUUAUGGAACCUGAUCAGGAGCAUGAAGUUCGAAUAGAGCAGCAAGUAGUUCAAAAGAAACAUAAUCUUCAAAAAGAGCAGAAAAUUGUUGAAAAGGAGGAGAAAGCAAUUGAAAAGCGGCAGCAAGUAGUUCAAAAGGCGAAGAAAGUCAAGAAUGAAAAAAAUGCCAUGUUUGGUCGAACAUUCGAUGAUUUGAAACUUGAAGACUUUCGAGAGAACUAUGAAAAGGCAAAAGAAUGUUGGAAAAUUGUCAACGAUAUAGUAUAUAAAAAUCAAAAGUAUCUAACCAAUCUGAAUGCAAGAAAUAGAAGCUUACGAAAAAGAUUGGAAAAGUUAAAGAACAUGGGGAAUAAGUUGCAUAAAAAAGAAAAUAAUGACUGAAGGUGCAUAGCUAGGAUUUGUGUGGUUCUUUGGACUUUCCUGCAUGCAUAAUGUGAAGUGAUGUAUAAAGUGAAGAAAGAUUAACCAAGGUCCAGGACAACUUAGGACCAUGACAGAGCUGUAACAGAUUAUAUACCAUGCAUUAUUUAAUACAUUUCUAUAACUAUAAUGUAACUGUCUUAUUACCAUUAUACAGGGUGACUUUGAAGUUGAGUCAUUAAUUUUCAGAUAAUGAUUGUAGAAGGAAGAUAAACCAAAAUAUGUGUGUAAAAAUUAAAAAAAAAGUGUUACCUUGUUUUAUAAAGUAUCCUCCCGACAAGUAUUUCAGUGCGGCCUUGUAUUUGAUCGUGCGGUCUUGGAG